AAAACAUUAAAAAAAUUCACAAUAACAUGGGAUAAAGGUUAUUAUUUAAAACAAUCAGCAGUUAAGUCUUGGAAUUGAUCAAAUGAAUGAGAUUGUUUUUUUUAUUUUUUUAAUAGGAGAGUAUUGGAUUGAUCCUAACCAAGGGUGUACCGGGGACUCUUUCAAAGUAUACUGUAACUUCACAGCUGAUGGAGAAACUUGCAUCUAUCCAGAUAAGAAAUCAGAGGGAUUUAGGAUUUCAUCCUGGCCAAAGGAAAACCCAGGAACCUGGUUUAGUGAAUUUAAGAGAGGCAAACUGCUUUCUUAUGUGGAUGCUGAAGGCAAUUCUAUUAGCAUGGUCCAAAUGACAUUCCUUAAACUACUAAGUGCCUCUGCUCGACAAAACUUCACUUACAACUGUCAUCAGUCAGUAGCAUGGCAUGACGUCUCUUCUGACAGCUAUGACAAAGCACUGAGGUUCUUAGGGUCAAAUGAUGAAGAAAUGUCUUAUGACAACAAUCCGUAUAUCAAAGUGCUUCAUGAUGGCUGUGCAUCAAGAAAAGGCUAUGCAAAGACUGUUAUGGAAAUCAAUACUCCCAAAAUUGACCAACUGCCUAUCUUCGAUGUGAUGAUUAAUGACUUUGGUGAUCAAAAUCAGAAGUUUGGCUUUGAAGUGGGUCCAGUCUGUUUCCUUGGUUAAGUUUAGAGUAAAGAGCAAAUCUUCAAGAAGAGAAAUGUGCUAGGUAUCACCAUACCAAUUCACUUGUGCCAUGUGUAAGUUUUAAAUAAGAAUGGAAUAGAUGUGUUUCACCAAAUAUGUAUGUCUUUUUUAGAAAACACCCACUGACUGCCCUUUUUGGAGCAGAAUCACAUGACUUAAAUUUAUUUGGCAAAUGAUGAAUGAUCCUGUAUCACCGACAGGCAAGUUCAUCUUAUGAAUGUCCUCCACCAACCUAUCCUUCUUUACCCACCUAUGUUCCUUUUUAUUUUUAUUUUUUUGGUGCUGUAAAAUUGAAUGGUGCUCCUUUUUUUUUUUUUACAACAUAAGAGGUGCUAAGAAGAUAUGUUUAAUAAACUGUAAUUAUUCUGUGUACAGUACAGUGCUGUCCAGUGUCUGUUUCUAAAACUUGCAUGCGUCCCUGAAUUGCAACUGGCUGUUACCUUAUCCUAAUUUCAAAAAAUUACAUUUCAGUACCGUGUAUGUAUUAUGAAAAAUAAAGCUGUAAUUUCCAAUGAAGUCCCACUCCAUAUUUUUCUGAUUAAUAAUAUGAUAAUGUACCCUCUUUGUAUAUAUUGAUCUCUAGAGUUGUGUUAUUUGAAGUCAGUGACAAAACCUCAGGUCCAGGCAGAACUGGAAACAAAGGAGAAGCACCUUUUUCUGCUACAACUAUCUUGCAAUAAGGAAUUCCAAGAAGGAUCCCAAGGGCCCGUUGAGAUACUCCCACGGGAUGCCAUACCUCAUUUCAAGACCAUAAGCAAGUUGCGUUGGUUGGUGGUGGCUAUCUUUCACGUUGGCGUGGGAAAAUGUGCCUUGUUAAAUUAAAUGUGCAAAAGAUGCAAGGAAAGUCCCUGUUGCUCUAGCGCAGGUUCUUCGUACUGUGUUCUGACAAUAUGGGGAGUUAUGAGCCAGAUGGAAGGAGACCAUAUCUGUGGUCCAUUCUUCACUAAAGGCAUUGCCUUCAUUAUUGGAGUAAUGCUGAUAUGCAGAAAAAGUAGCAGCGUAGUUAUUAUGUCUACGGAUGCCUCUUCCAAUAUUUCCACGGCUUAGGAACAAAGUAUACCAGUUUCUGGCUGCCAGAUCUUUUCCUGUAAUGUCAGAAAGGGGCCCUUGAGUAUAAUGAAUUAAUUUCAGUAAUAUAAUUAACUAGUCUAUAAUUAAUGACUAAUUGAAACACUCAGAAUUUAUUUUUUUUCAUCUGGAUAUUAAAAGUAGAUUCUGCACAAUUAUUUAUGAACUGUGCUACUUUCUGGCACAUUUGCUAAGUAUACCUAAAUUAUAUAUGAGCAGUGCCUGUAUUUGUCACACUAAUGUCUAGUUUUUAUUCUAUCUAUUCUCUCAGUGUCAUUGUUUACUUCUGAAACUUCAGAACAAAGACUCUUGCCCCCGUUCAAGAUAUUUUUCCCCUUCUUGGGCAUAUCUUGAUGGCCAAGGGGGAAAAAAAAGAAAAGAAAUUUAAAAUAUAUUGCCAUUUAUUGUAUCAAAUGAGUAACUACAUGUCUAUCAGAAUUCUGAUGUGCAAAUCUUAGUGCAGAUAAAUCUUUCUCCAUUGGUCAUAUUAAAGAUAAUGGUAGAUCAGGUGAAGGGACUUACAUCCUGGCCACUUGGCUAACUUAAGCAAAUACCACAUUGCAGAUGAUGGAAGUAGUCAAUGCAGCACUAUAACCUCAGAUUCUGGAUUUAUAUCGAUGGAAUCUAUUUGCUCUCCCAGCACAGAAGAUACACGAGUGUAAACUUAAAUCUGUUCAGGUAACCUUCUUGCUGUAUUGUGACAAAUAAGUCUAGGUCAUGUGAUUCUACCUAGUUGCCAAGCAACCUAUGAGAAAAUUGCUAACCAUGAAGCUUAUUUUUUUUUUUUUACUCAAGCAGUUACAAUUUGCAAUCUUAUUUUUUUUUUCCUGGCCUCAAGGUUUUUUUUUCUGGGUGGUCAAACAUAGACAUUAAUUUAACACAAAUCCUUUUGUACUUAUUUCUCAUAAUAUAUGUAAGACUUGAAAAAUAUUUGUUACUAUUUCUUAUAUAAAUCUGUUUAAAUUAAUUGAUACCAGAUCCCACUAGCUCAUUUUCUGCUGUUUUUAAGCAUGCAAGCAUUUUAUAUGUAAAAGAAAUUUCAAAGUCAACAAUUUGCUGUUUGGAAUUCCUUUUCUAAAACCAAAGUUUGUUAAUUGUCACCUGAAAGACAAAAAUAAUAUACAUUUUAUUAAUAAAAUCAAUUCCUGUCUCCAUGGACUGAUCAUUCUGUUUUUUAAUCCUACAGGAAAUGCUGUGUAAUCUUCAAUAACACAAUUAAAUUCUGGCUGUAGGUAAUCUAUCACAUAAGCCACAGAAUAUAGAUCAAAGCCUCUUGUAAAUAUUCAGGUCAAAAUCCUCAUAAAUGGAGUAGGAGGAGUGUGUUAAAUAAGUUUUGAUUUCCUAAAUGUCACCUUCAGAAAGCUUUGUUUAUUAUUGAUGAAGUUCA